ACCCACAUGCUCCGUCUGACCAACAAAGCUUCUUCUUGGACCAACAGCCUUCUCCUCCUCCUCCUACUGUUUCCUUUACCUGCUCGCUCGUUCUCGCUCUUUACAACAAUGGCUAUCCCUCCACAACAUUCUUUUUAAUAUCAACAUCGUCAAGAAGACACUACGGUAAACUGCUGCGAUAGCUCGCUGCGAUUGCCUCUCAUCUCUGAACCAUGGCUCCAAUGACGUUCCUGGAAAGCCUUUGGCUGACCCUUGUGACGUUGGCAGAGUUUCUUUCGCAGCUGGGCACUUCUACACUGGGACCACUUUCGCUCUAUUGUAUGGACAAAGUAGAGCCUCUUCUCUUAGCGUAUGCGGAAUUAAGUGAAACUCUUUCCUAUGCAUCCAUUUGGACAACCUUCUUGAACAACAGCUUGCUAUAUUCCACACCAAUCCUCUUGUACCAACUGCUCCGCCAUCCUGAUAUCAUCGUGCCUGACCAGAAAAUCGAUUUUCGGGCAUGGACACAUUUCUGUAUUGGCGUGUUAUUUGUGGUGUAUUCUUAUUGCUUUGACCUGUUCGAAGACCCUGCCAUGGGCCCCCAACCAUGCAGAUAUCGGGACUUCGAUACUCGGCUAUGGGAUUGCAUUGAAGCGGCAUGUGUCGGCGUGCUUUUCAUGCUGAACUAUCGCCGAGCCCCAACCCCAUCAUUUGCUUUGAGCGCCUAUCUGGCUGGCUCCAUCAUCAACAAGACGGCCAUUCUUGUUACCAGCCCAUCAACCACUUUUAGCACGGCCAUAUCAUCUAGACUUUCUCAGGUCGUGGUGUUUUACGCAAGCAUGUUGUGCCUUCAUGAAAUGCCCAAGAUCAACAAAGUUAAUCUUGGCCUGCAGCACUAUGCUGGUGUCCAAUUCUUCUAUGGUCUCUUUGGCAAGAGUCUUGCCAUCUGGUUACAUCCAAUCUUCCGUGCAGGGUCAAAAGACUUGCUAACAGAAGAUGACAUGAACGGUCUACCCCAUGAGCUCCUUAUUGACGAAAUACACCUCAGGUUCCAGCGACUCGUGGCUAGGUAUCGACACCUUCCCUCUGGACUUUCCAAAGCAUGUUUUGCUCUUACUGGGAAGGAUGUUUCUUCAUCUACGAUUGCCAAUUUGAUCUUCAUUAUGCUAGAGUUGACCACUUCACGUUUGGUGGAACAGGCUGUCCUUGUUCAACAGUCAUGGCUUGAUCCAACAAAGACUAAGGCAGAAACAUGGACAAUGUCUAGCCUAUUGUUCAUGACAUUUCUUGUUUUUUCAGGCAUAACGAUAUCCCGCGGCCUCGGCAUGCACUACGAAUCUCGAGCGAGCACCGCAAUUCAAGGCGCCCUUUUGGGUAGCGUCUUCACAAAGCUAAUGCGUCUCCCGGAAGAAACAAUUAACGAAUCAGCUAGAGUCUCCCUAUUGAGCACUGACAUCCCUGAGGCCUUGUGUCUUAUCCCGGCCUAUACAAGAUUAACAAUGUAUCUUGUUAGAUUUAGUUUCAUACCAUUGAUGCUGUGGCCACAUAUAGGAUGGAUGACUAUAGUGGUCCUGGCAAUUGCAGGUGGUAUUUACACAGCUAUGGGUUAUCUACGAUCUCAGAAUCCGGCCAUGCUGCGCGAACUCCACAUGAAGAGACAGAAAAGAGAGUUGCAUGUGAGCCGCCUACUCUAUAAACUGAAGGAGGUUGCUAUGACCGAGCGAGGUCCAGCUUUUCAUAAAGUUAUGAACGAAAUGCGUGAUGACGAGCUCACAGCAUAUUCAGCAUUUCAUGGCAAACAGGCUAGGCUUUAUUCAUUUUUGAAUUCGGCUACGACUCUUUUUCCGCCUUUAGCCCUGGCUGCUAACUGGAUUUCUCCAGAGCAAAAUGGAUCCUACAACUUGGCUGCUACCCUAAAAUGCUUCGCUCUUCUAGUCAUUUUGGCUGAAUCCUCUGAGCCUUUAAUGGAAUUUGCUUCAUAUAAGCAAGCUCUCGGCCAUUUGUUAACCAUUUCAAAGUUUCUUAACCUCGCAGAGCCAGAUACAUCCCACAACGAGCCACCUGAUGAUAUAGAUCAGGACGUGGUUGUUCCUACGUUGUCAAAUGGUAGCAUGAUUGAGCUCCAUGAUGUUUCCAUUUCCGCCAAGCGUGGGGCUCAAGUAGUACUCAAGAACAUCACAUUGUCUUGCCAACAGCAAAGAGUUACGGUGAUUACUGGAAAAUCUGGCUCUGGAAAAUCAGUCUUGGCAAGAGCACUGCUAGGCCAAAACAAUGUUUCCGGGGGGCGUAUUACUGUCCACGAAUCUGGAAAUUUGUCGGUCUCCUUUUGUGGCCAGAGGAGUUGGUUGCAAAGUCGUUCAAUCAAAGCGAACAUCAUCGGAUCCAAAAGAUUUGAGCAAGAAUGGUACAAUGAAGUUCUAGAUGCCUGCUCUCUAAAAGAGGACCUAUUGAGGUAUCCUGGAGGUGAUUCAUUCAUUCUUGGUCGGCACGGACUCCAUCUGAAUGAAGCAGAAUGCCAAAAGAUUGCGAUCGCCAGGGCUUUAUAUUCCCGUGCGAAAUUGGUCAUAUUGGAUGAUCCAUUUGAUAUCCUUGACUGCUUUACCGCUGAUGCAAUCAUUACCAGUCUAUUAGGGCCUGAGGGUAAACUUAAACAGAAUAAAUCCACGGUUGUACUUAUGACUAGGGAUCCUGCCCCGUUCUGUAAUAUUGGCCGUCGAUUUUUCGUCAUAGACGAUCAGGGUGAAAUAUCCCGAAAGAGUACAAGGAAAAUCAGACAAUUGGCGGAGGAGCGUCGACAAAAGUCAAUGGAAAUUCCUGGAAGUAUAGAACAAGACGUCCUUCAAGUCCAACCUCACGCCGCCCCAAAAGGAGCAACACUACAGCUGUCGUAUCGCCCACCUCACAGCAAACUACAUAUGGCACCAUUGUCAUUUUAUUUUCACUUUGCUGAUAAGUCGUUGAUAUUCCUUUGGCUCAUCGCACUUAUCCCGAUGAUGCUGUUAUCUAUAUCCCUUCAUAUACUUAUUACGUUGGGAUAUGUCGCUACACCUGAGUCAAACUUCUCGCCAAUUGUAUUUAUUGGUCUUUUAGCUGGCCCCGUAACGGCAGUUUCUGGCUAUACGUUUUACGGAAGGCUUGCCGUUCAGGUAUCAGGAAAGCUUCAUACGAAGCUUCUGGACGCUGUCCUAAGGUCGCCCGUGACGCUAUCUAACCCAAAUAAGCUCCCCAGUGUCAUCCUUUUAUUUAAUGAAGGCAUGCGGAUUAUCACCAUUGAACUACCUCGAUAUAUCUUCCAGACGGUAAACCAAUUUGGUCUCGGUUUGUUUGCACUAUCUAUCCUAGCAUGGGCAAACCCCACUGUUUCAUUUGUUUUCCCUCUCAUCCUCAUGCCUGCAUACCUCGUAAAGCGCUUUUACGUUGAGACUUCAAGACAAAUCUACUCCCUCCAGCUCGAUUCUAACGCGUCGCUCCAGGCGCACUUUUUGGAGUCAGCGGCUGGAGCUACCUAUGUUCAGACGUUUCAGUGGCACGGCAGACAGGUGGAUGAAAUCUUUGAUGCUAUCAAUAAGCAACAAAAGCUUUUGUACCAUUCCUUGUCUACAAAGCAAUGGCUGGUCGUUGCUGGGAAUGCAUUCAUCACCUUCUCUUGCAUUCCCCUGUUGGCCUUUGUUUUUACAGAGAGUGCUUCGCCCGCUUCUGUUGGUAUCGCCUUUGCUGGCUGUUUCUUUUUGCAGUAUGUCGUGCAAUGGGCAGUGAUACCGUGGUUUCACCUAGACGACGGCUUGACAACUUUGGAUGAGGUUAAGCAGCUGAUUGAAAUGACACCGGAACCUGUCUUGGUAAACGAACCUGAGGUACCCACAGAUGAGCCUAUUGUGCCCGGCGAUGAAGUUCCUGUUGGCCUAGACGCCGCUACAGGUGACGGACAAGCUGUUGGUCCACCUGUUCAACCGGAAGCCGGUCAACAAGCGCAAGCAUAUCAACAAGCGCCUGUGGAACGCAUAGCUACUGCGUCAGGUUCUGCUGACGAUACGGUGGUCGCCGAAAGAGAGGAAAUGCAGACCAAUGAGACAGCAACUAUACAAGAAAGGGAAGAGUCUGAACAUGUUGGAGUUACAUCUGAUGGUCUUCCUAGCACUAUAGUUAUGGAAGAAACAGACAGGUCCUCCAUUGCGUCAGAUAUUAUUGAGGUAGGUGUACAUCCAGAAAGCACCAAGUCAGUGAAAGGAAAGGAACGAGCACAUGUCUCUGAAGAGCAUGAGCAACCUGAGGUCCACGAGCACAAUGAGCUCCCUAUAAUCCCAGAUGAACCGCUCGUACCCGAGAUCACAGAGGAGCCCAUGGUGGUCGAGACUGCCAAGGGCAAUGGUACGCACUACGUCGAAAAGGAAAAUAUGGAAGGUAAUGCACACCCCGCAAUCGAGGUGCCCGAGAGUUGGCCAGCGCGCGGCCGUAUUGAGUUCCGAGAUGUUACAAUUUGGUACAACUCUCAUGAUCGUCCGGUAUUGAAGGAUAUAUCUCUCACCAUUUACGACGAUACAGAGGCUGGUUUCCACGGACCAGUGGGAAGCGGUAAAACCGCCUUAUUGCUCGCAAUUCUAAACAUGUUGCCUUACAAAGGGUCCAUCACUGUUGAUGGCAUCGAAGUAAGGACUAUUCCAAGUCCUGAUCUCCGAUCCCGCUUCACAAUCAUCCCUCAGGAAGUGCUUAUUUUCCCCGGUUCGGUACGACAAAACCUCAACUCUGACGAAUUCUUCACCCCUCCCAAGACAAUCGUCGUUCCAGGAGAGGGCGAAGUAAAAGCACAUUCUGAUAUUCUGGAGCGUAUCCUAAAAAGACUCGGAUUGUGGGGAAUUAUCAAAGGUUGCGGCGGUCUUGACGCAGACAUGUCAGAGAUUCCUCUGACUCCGAGCCAAGAAUACCGAUUUUCCAUUGCACAAGCGCUGACACGAUUCUUCUUUACGCAAUCCAAGGUUACACUUGUCGACAAUGUCACGAGUCUAGUGCCACACAGUGACUGCGUAAUGAUGCGCCAGGCAAUGAGGGAGCUUAUUAAUGAUGGGUCUGUACUUGCUGUUGGCCAACAUCGCUCUGCAAUCAUCGGUUCUGACGCCGUCGGAGAGCUAAGGGACGGCACCGCUCACAUUCAGCCAAGAGGAAGCCUUGGUUGGGACGACAAUGGUGAGCCGUCAGAUCCUCUGCCACGACUUUUUCCCGGGCGCCGUCGAUCUAGUCCUAGCGACCCUCUGCCAUCGAUUCGUCGUAUUCUGGCACAUGCCGCAGCUACUGCUGGGCCCUCCCGUUCUUCGGGGGGGAGAGCCCAUCGGGAGACGGCGUAUCCUCUGCCACCACUUUUCCCUAAGCAUUUGCGCACUGCCGGGCCCUCUCGUGCCGUCGGGACCCGUUCACCAAGUCCUAGAUAUCAUUCACGUGGGAUAGCCCGUCGAGACACAUCGUAUCCUCUUCCACGACGGUCUCCCAGGCGCCGCGCUACUGCCGAGUCCUCUCGCGCCGCCAGGGCUCGUUCAACUAGUCCUAAGUAUCCUUUGCCAUCGAUUCGUCGUAUUCUGGCACAUGCCGCGGCUACUGCCGAGACCUCUCAUGCUACCAGAGCCCGUUCACCAUCUCCUGGGCCGUCAGGAGCAGCAAGGUCACCUCCACCGACGCCUGAGCCAUCAGGAGUAGCCAGAUCCGCCUCGCCGAUACCCGGUCCAUACACGGAAGCAAGACCAUCUUCGCCGGUCCUUGAGCGGCCAUGCACCACACAAUCACCCUAUCCAGCUCCCGAAGUGUUGAAUGCUGUCACAUUGCCAUCACCAGAACCUGAAUUGCCAUGUGCAAGUCUGCCAUCCAAGCCCAGGUCGCCUUCACCAAUCCGUGGCCGACGGCGAACAGCCAGACAAUUAGAGGACAUUGAUGAUAUCGGCCACAGGUCGCGUUCAUUGACACCGAAAGCAUCGCCUAGGUUGGGAGGAGCUUCCACUGGAGUCGAAGAAAGGUCCCGCUCAUUAACACCCAAGGCGUCACGUUCAGCACUAUCGUCAACUGAGGUUGAAGACAGGUCACGGUCACUAACACCUAGGCCACGCCAUACAACAAAUUAUGUACCAUCUGGACUUCUGUCAGCUACAUCAACGGCUAGCACAUCGGAACAACCAGAACCUUGGUCUUCCAAUGCAUCCAGCCAGAUCCCUCUUGCUUCUAAUUCAGAGCUAGACGAUGGCCUACUUCCAUCCCGUGCUUUCGAGAAGCAGCCUCAGCCAACGCCUGAAUCGCCACCGCACUCCGCAAUGCCUUAUAAGCAGCCUUCUGUAACAUCUGAUGAACUCUCUGGCACGUAUAUCCUUCCGGCAACGACUUAUCAGAAACCAUCACCAUCUGCAGCUCAGCCUCAGCCUCAGGCUAAGCGUCAGGCUCCGCAGCGAAGAGGAAAGCGCAAGUUAACGGAAAAAGAAAAAGAUAAGCUGCGGCACAUCAUACACUGCAAAAUUGCUCUGAUAGAAGAGAGACGAAGAGAGCGCAAAAUCGAGGAGCUCAUAUACGAGUAUUCGGAAUUGCGGUGGUCAGAUCCCACAACGCCGUAUCUUGAAAGGAAGACCUCUGCCUAUUGGCAUGAUAUUCUCUUUGUCCAUGGUUUGACUAGGGGGCAACCUCGCAUACCGCCGGUGAAACCGAGUGGCCCGCCGUUUCAAACAGUAAUGCGUACGCUGGACGCCAAAAGAAGAGCCUAUGAGACGGAACUCGAUAAGUUGGACGGCAACGAAAGGAAGGUAAGAGCUGAGUUUGUGGUUCCGCCAAAACCAAAACCAAAACCACCAUCCAGCAUAGGAACACCGUCACGACCAAAAGUCCCCCCAUCAUUGCGCGAAACAAGACGGUUGCAAUUGCAGGCUCAAUCCACGCAACGUUUGCCUCCCUCUCCUGGGUUAUCUGAUGAAACAACGAGACUUCGGCCAAUAAUACGGAACAGAACCCCCCUGUUUGCUCCGAGGCCCAGUCCGUUGCGUGAGGAGAUACACUUUGCACCUCCUGGCCGAGGGCAACAAGAAGAGUCGCCACAGGAGAACACUAGCAUAAAACCGCGCCCUCCUCCUCGGCCUCCUACGCUCUCAAAAGCUCAAGCGUUGCACGUUGUGCCGCAAAAUUGGGGUGGCGCUGAAGAAGACCCUAGUUUGGCGCAGCUUCUGAAAGACACCAUGGUAAUGGAUCUCCCAAUGAGCUGGUUUCUUAAGCAGAAACGCAAUGAACUUGCCUCCCUUCUUCUAGUUCGGGGGCGCUCAGCUCCGCCUGCUCCUGGUGCGCCGCUACCAACACCGGCACAAACACCUUUCCGACGACAGUCUCGACUCAGGUCUGCACAUUCGCGCAUCCGGCGGUUGGACGGGUUAGGACCAGUAUCACAGUUCAAGGGACAGCUUCAAAUGCCGCUGCCUGAAGAUAUGGUGAUUCGAGACCCGCGACUUCGCGCGGUACAGAAGCAGAAAUGA